AUGAACUCGAAGCUACGUGACAAAAUCAAGGCAUUCAAGUGUGAAGAGUCCGAAAUUCAUAGCAUUAAUUACAAGGUCACGAAAAAUAAGAAAAAAAUCGAACACAGUCCUCGCGUGGAAAAGAAUGAAGUCCUCAAUGACCUUCCACCGUCGAUCCCAAAAAAUGCCACUGUGGUGUUCGUGGGUUUCAAUCCAGGAGAGGAAUCUUCUCGGAAACAGCACCACUAUGCUCAUCCUACCAAUCUUUUCUGGAAACUCUUCAAUGCUCUGGCUCUCCUCAACCAGAUAGUCCUUUGCAGAGACACGCCUGAAGAUAGGCAAUUGCGGAUAUACAAAGAAAUCUUCGCAACAGGAACAUGCGUUGCGCGGCCCUACCACGACUACCAGCUUGCCGAGCUCGGCGUUGGAUUCACAGACUUGUGUCUUAGAUGCACAAAGCAGGCCAAAGAGCUAAACCUCAAAGAAAAGCUCGCCAAUGUCCCACGACUAUUUACAGAAUUUGAGGCGUCUAGAGCGCCCUUCAUUGUCAUUGUGGGAAAGGGCAUCUGGGAGAUCAUCGUUAAGUUCAUCGACGGAAAGGGCAAAUUAACAGGCUUUGAAUGGGGGAGGCAAAACCCCGAAAGCCCGGUCAUCCGAGCAAUCCAUCACAACUGCGGAUACACACCAGCCAUCUACGUGUUUCCAAACACAUCGGGAUUGGUGGCUCUGAUGAAGUAUCCACAGAAGCUACAGUUAUGGGAGCAACUAGCGUCCGACGUCGCUUCCACGUGA